AUGCGCAGUUCAAGCGUGGUGGGUGGAGAGGAUUUUUUUGUUUAUUUUCGUGGCCAGUUAACCAGUAAACGUGCUGUUAUAUUAAUAUCUGCUGUUUUUAUAGUUUAGCAUAAUAAGGCAAACAGAUAAGCGGCUGCGCGUUUACCUAGUAGGAUAUUUUACCAUUUCGUGAGGUAGCGGAUUUGGGCCAUCACAGAGGAAGGUUAGCUAGCGAGCUAGCGUCAAGUCGAUGAGGGUCUUGUAGCGUUAGUUAGCUGUUAGCGUAUGUGCUAGCAGGCUAGCCACAAUAUUAUUAAUGCAAGAUAGAUAGCACAACAAAAUUUAGGAAGCUAAAGCCACUCGCUUAUCGGCCUGCACCACUUGGACUAACGCCACGGCGCGGAGAAAUCACCGUUGCUAAGCUUGGGCCUCUUCGGAUCAACAGUACUUUCACCCUGACGUUUCUACUGGUAAAGACAUACAGGAUACAACUUCAAAGUCUCCCCAAGGUUGAAACCCAAGCAGCAAGAUGUCAAUCACGAACACUCCCACAAGCAAUGAUGCCUGUCUGAGCAUCGUGCAUAGCCUGAUGUGCCACCGACAGGGAGGGGAGAGCGAAAGCUUUGCCAAGCGAGCAAUUGAGAGUCUUGUCAAAAAGCUGAAAGAGAAGAAGGAUGAGCUGGAUUCCCUUAUCACAGCCAUCACUACGAAUGGAGCUCAUCCUAGCAAGUGUGUAACCAUACAGAGAACUUUGGAUGGGCGCCUGCAGGUUGCAGGGCGCAAAGGUUUUCCCCAUGUUGUCUAUGCGCGACUGUGGCGAUGGCCUGAUCUACACAAGAAUGAAUUAAAACACGUGAAAUAUUGCCAGUAUGCCUUCGACUUGAAAUGUGACAAUGUUUGUGUCAACCCAUACCACUAUGAGAGGGUCGUCUCUCCAGGCAUUGACUUAUCAGGGCUGACUCUUUCAAGUUCAGGUCCCCUCAUGGUAAAGGAUGAGUAUGACUAUGACAACCAGCAAUCUCACUCAAGCUCUGAAAGCCACCUGCAGACUAUCCAGCAUCCCCCGUCAAGACCCGGUCCACAGGAGCCUUUCAGCAGCCCCGCUUUGCUCCCCCCAUCAGAGGGCAGCAGUUCAGCUUCAACCUCGGCUUUCUCCACCAUCAGCGCUGGACCCUCAAAUCCUCCCCCCAAUUGGAGCAGAAAUGGCAGCUUCACCCCUGCAGUGCCUCAACAUCAGAACGGGCAUCUACAGCAUCAUCCACCCAUGCCUCACACAGGGCAUUACUGGCCUGUUACCAAUGAAAUUGCGUUCCAGCCGCCAAUAUCCAAUCACCCUGCUCCAGAUUACUGGUGCUCCAUUGCAUACUUUGAGAUGGAUGUCCAAGUUGGAGAGACGUUUAAGGUGCCAUCCACAUGCCCAAUAGUGACGGUGGAUGGCUAUGUUGAUCCAUCAGGAGGGGACCGCUUUUGCUUGGGCCAGCUGAGUAACGUCCACAGGACAGAGAACAUAGAGAGAGCCAGGCUCCACAUUGGCAAAGGCGUGCAGCUGGAGUGCAAAGGUGAAGGAGACGUGUGGGUGCGCUGUUUGAGUGAUCACGCAGUGUUUGUACAGAGCUAUUACUUGGAUCGGGAGGCUGGACGCGCCCCUGGAGAUGCAGUUCACAAGAUCUAUCCCAGCGCUUACAUCAAGGUGUUUGACUUGCGUCAGUGCCACAGGCAGAUGCAGCAGCAGGCAGCGACAGCUCAGGCAGCAGCUGCAGCCCAGGCAGCAGCAGUGGCAGGGAACAUUCCCGGGCCUGGCUCUGUGGGAGGCAUCGCCCCUGCCAUCAGUCUGUCUGCUGCUGCAGGCAUCGGGGUUGACGACCUGCGCAGGCUGUGCAUCCUGCGGAUGAGCUUCGUGAAGGGCUGGGGGCCCGACUACCCACGGCAAAGCAUCAAAGAGACACCCUGCUGGAUUGAAAUCCAUUUACACCGAGCUCUGCAGCUACUGGAUGAAGUUCUGCACACCAUGCCCAUAGCUGACCCUCAACCGCUCGACUGAGUUAAAAGACAUGAACUGUACAAAAAAAGAGAAAACAAUCAGACUGUACUUUUAAACAGACCACUCCACCUAUAGGCCCGGAGAACCGAAGGAGGACUGCAACCACGGGGAUGCUGAGUAGGUUGUAGGAGUAAGAACAAGGGCAUAGAGGCCGGCAGUAUACUCCAAACACGCUGCUUUUAAAUCCAGCGCUGCGAGCGGUUGCCAGUAUACAGAGCGAGACUCCAGAUCUGUAAGUUCAGUGGCUUACAAACAGCAGCUGGAGGAACCUGUGAAACACGCUGGGAGGAAUCGUACGCCAAGAGGAUGAAAAAGGAAGCCGGUAUUCUGGCAUUGUUUACCAACUGAAAACUUCGUAACAGCAUAAAGCGAACAAGGCUUUGUGUCUUUCAAAUCUCGUGUCGAUACAUAAUACUCACACAGUGAUGUGGAUUAAAGAGCAUGCCAACAGCGAGAUUAACACGCUCAAAAUUCUAUCAAUUAUUCAAUAAGUGUUGGUGUUAUACAGAAGGAACCACAAGAGUGCAGGGUGUCAAACAAAAUGAUUCAUACUCAGCUGUCGACUUUUUGACUGAUAACAUUUCCACUUUAAGAUUUUAAAAUAUACAGAGCCCCUGCAACUUACUGACUAAGCUCCUUUUUUUGGACUAUUUACUGUGAGAGCAAACUAUUUGACUUUAAACCAGUAAAGAUGAGCACAAUGUGACGCCUUUUACUGGAUUAAAACCUGCUAUUUACCCCAUCUGAACUUACAAUGUGUCAUUUCAGUUGGAGUAUACUGCCGAUUCAGUCCUCCUUCAUCGGCUCUCCGGUGUUUAUAUGGCUUCAUUUAAGUGGAGUUUCUCACCUCACAAAUCAGGACAUUUAUGUAAAAUGCUAUUCAUUACUUAUGUUCUCGUAAGAUGUAAUCUUAAAUAUUUUUCAAUGCCAACGGCCCUCGUUUGAUGUUUUUUUGAUUUAUAUCCCCCCUUUUUCAAUAGUUGUUUUUACAAAUGUAAAGAGCAUUUGAAAAGCCCGUUUUAGCUGACCUCCGCUUCUCUUCCAACACUUCAAAACUUCCAUCACUAUACCACCAGUCAAGGCUGUUAGGAUAUUGAGAAGCGAUGUUUUUAACUCAAGUUUUUCAGACGCCAAAAUUACAUUGGCUUAAAAAAAAAAAAAAUCAAAAGAAAAGGUUAUUAUAACACGUCGUAAUAUAAUUUGUCAUUUUUUUUAUUAGAUGCCCACAUAGUGUCCAUUAGCACUUUAUUAAUUUGCCUGAGUAUUUUGUCUUGUUUCAUAGUCUCAUGCGUGGUUACUCGUAUCCAUAUAAUUUCUUAGCAUAGCUGGAAAGUUUUUCUUGCUAAUGACCUUGGUGACAUCCAUGGACAUUGUGCUUCAGAUUGUCUGCCUAAAAUCUGUUUUCAGUAUCAAACGCUCACCCACAGCAGGUUGUAAAGGUGUAUCUAACUUUUUAUGACAAAAUAAUGGCUGAAACAUGAAGUUGUGGUGUAAGAAUGGUUUAUGAAAUUUGAAAACACCUUUUAAACCUACAGGCAGUGAAUCUUUGGUACUCAGAAGAUACAUUUUGGGUGGAACAUCACUUAAAGAUGGCUCACCGCCACCCAUUUUAAUUUGAGUAUUACUUGGAUGCCAUUUACCGUAACAUAUUCUAGACAACAGCUGAGUAAAGGAGGCAAGGAAUGAACUGUGAGAGGAAGUGUAAGCCAUAUUGAUGCCAAAUAUACCCUAUGAAAAGUGAAAAAGGUUAUCGGACUGCAGUCGAUUGUGUCAUGUCGCUUGUACAAGCAUGGUUUUAAUCGUCUAACUGAACGAUCUCAGUUUUUGCUCAGCACAGUCGAUCAAACAAUAUUUUGGUAUUUGGAGCUCUGUUUACCCACAGCUGUCGCAGUAUUUUAUACUCUUUUGCUACCUUUACAGUGAUAAACUACAAAAAGAAUGAAAAAAAGAAGAAUGCUGUACAAUUUUCAGGAAAUGCAAGUUCAUGCUCAUCUUAAUCUUUACAAUUGUGUCAUACACUCUGAAUACGUACGUAGUUUGAAUGAUAUUGGUGUUUAUAUGUAUGAGUAUGGUUGAAUAAAAUUCAAUGGGCUAACACUACUGUGUUGGGAGUUGUGAAAUCUCCUUCGUUUGGGAUUAAAAUUACGAGGACGCUUGACUUUGAACAAGAAAACGUUUAUUACUGCAAAGACGAGUCACAAAUUUUAAGAAAACAACACUAAGAAGCUAGCCUGAGCUGAGAUCUGAAAUAUUCAGAAAACCAAACUACAUGUGUCUUUAAUAGUUUCUAUAUUCAUCAAUACGACACACUAAAUGAUAAUGUCUUUAUAAAUAUAAAAGUCCCCCAAUUGUCCUCGUUUUUUAUGUAAAAUACACAAUACAAAUCACCCUACACGCAUUGGUUUGCUCGCCAAUUUGAGAAGAAAACUGAAUGGCACACAAAAAGAAAGUCACAUGAAGUUUGUAUGUAUAUAUUAUAUCAGAUACUAUACAUUAUCCAAAGGAAAAAAGAGAUAAAAAGAAAUCACAAAAGCACUUAGCCAACAUAUCUGAUAAAAUGUUCACCGAAAGAACAAAUCAAAUAAUUAAGACACAAAUAAAUAUACCUUUUUUUUCUCCCCAGUUUUUGAUAUAUACAUACUUUUGUCUAGGGUGAAUCAAAAUAAGAACCUUCCCCAAAUGCCACUGCCAAAUGCUUGUGCUUGCAUUAGAGCGUGCUACAGAUGGCCACGACUCACUAGACUGUCAAAUGGCACUUGAAAACAUCCAAAUACAAAUCUCAAACAGGUCACAGCAUUCAGAAAAUAUCAUUUUGACAAAAGAAAAGCACGAUCAUGAGAAAACAAUUCAUCAGAGAGCAUUUUACUUACAGUAACUCUCCUUGUUCAAUUAACCAGUUCUGUACAAUAAAAAGCUGUCUGCAGGUUUCUACUGUGUGUAAACUACUAAGUAUGUGUGCGAGAGUGUGUGUGUGUGUGUGUGUCUGUGGUGUCACAUCCAGUAAAUAAAUAGUCCAAGUCUGAGGACAGGUCUUUAUGCUUUCCUGGUGUCUUCUCAGUGGCAGCACCUGUGCAAUGAAAUGUCUGUUCUGAUAGCCUCUAUCUGUAGCCCACCAGAGACCCAAUAGUCACCCAGGCCAUCUGCUCUGGCCGGGGCGAAAUUAAAGGCACUGGAGUCUGCUAUGGGUCAGUGAAGCUGCCGUUUAGUCCAGGUGAAGAGGCAUCUCUUAGCUUUCGCUCCUAUGACAAGUUAAGGAAUAGCUUAUGUCUUCUUUUUUUUUGUUUCUUUUUUCUGGUUGGAAACAGGCUCCUUUGCAAACAGCUGUUACAAAACAAUCUUACUCCUCAAUUUUUUGAAGACACUGAGAAAUAAAGUACAAUUGUGUUGGCAGCAUUAGCAUCAGUCCAGUCAGUGUUAAACCAGGCAGGCUUUGAGAUGCAGAAAGCUAAAUCACUGUCUGGCACAUGAGUAAGUCUAUGUAGAAUAAAAAAAGGGGGGGGGGGGGGGGGGG